GUGUCCGGCGUCCUCACCAUCCUCUGCAACCACACCUUCCACAACGACUGCCUCCGCCAGUGGGACGACCCGUCCUGCCCCGUCUGCCGGCACGUCUCUGGCGGAGUCGAGGAGUCGGCAACCUCGUGCGAGAUCUGCGGCACGGGCGCCUCCCUCUGGAUCUGCCUCGUGUGUGGCCACGUCGGGUGCGGCCGGUACGGCUGCGGCGCGGGCGUGAUCCACAACGAGCGGACCGGCCACAACUUUGCGAUGGAGCUCGGCUCGCAGCGCGUGUGGGACUACGCGGCGGACGGUUAC